AUGCACAGAUUGUUACCGGACGAGGAAGAACUUGAAUCGGUUUCACUCAUUUCUUCUCCUGUACGCAUUCCCCCAACGGCAAUCGCAAAUCGGCGUGGCUUCAAAAUGGAUCGAAGACAGCGGGAAACAAGCUUAGAUGAUGAUGAGCCAGCCAUGGUCCAUGUAGACACAAAUGGAUCGGGAGCCGUUUCUUUUAAUUCUAAUGGCAUCGACAAAGAUCUUGAAGAGGAAGAAUCUCCUUUGGACAACAUUCCAGCAAUUUUCAGCAAAUAUGGCGAUUUUCACACAAUAGAUUGGCAACGAGAUCUGGCCAGGGAUCGUUUACGGCACAAGUUGAUAACAAACAAAAAGCGUGACUGGCCUUUAGGCCUACUUGGGAGUGCUUGGGAUUCCGGGGCGGGUUGGCUGUGCGUUUUGAUGGUUGGAAUGGCUGCUGGCGCCACUGCAGGAGUGAUCGACAUUGGUGCUCGAUGGAUGAGUGAUUUGAAAAAUGGUAUUUGUGCUGAUCGAUUUUGGCUCGAUAAAGAACAUUGCUGUUGGUCUGACGAUAAAACGCUAUAUAAGGAUGACAGUUGUAGUGCUUGGACGACAUGGCCAGAAGUUUUCAAUAUUUACGAAAAGUCCAACCUAUAUUACUUUCUCGAUUUCUUUUUCUACGUCAGUUGGGCAAUGAGCAUGGCUGGACUUGCGGUUGUUCUAGUGAAAGUGUUCGCUCCAUAUGCUUGUGGGUCAGGAAUACCCGAAAUCAAGUGUAUACUAUCGGGUUUUGUGAUACGUGGUUAUCUUGGUAAAUGGACAUUUAUCAUCAAGUCGGUGGGCCUGAUGCUCUCCACAGCUUCGGGGCUAUCACUUGGAAAGGAGGGUCCAAUGGUGCACCUAGCGUGUUGCAUCGGCAAUAUCUUUUCGUAUCUUUUCCCGAAAUAUGGAAUGAACGAGGCGAAAAAACGAGAGAUUCUAUCAGCUAGCGCUGCCGCAGGCGUUUCGGUUGCAUUUGGUGCUCCUAUUGGUGGCGUUAUGUUCAGUUUGGAAGAAGCUUCCUAUUAUUUCCCAUUGAAAACUAUGUGGCGGUCAUUUUUUUGUGCUUUGGUUGCAGGGAUUAUUUUGCGAAUUGUGAAUCCAUUUGGGAGUGAUCAGACCUCACUCUUUCAUAUUGACUACAUGAUGAAAUGGACUUUCAUUGAGCUCAUUCCUUUCGCCCUUCUUGGCGUUUGGGGAGGCAUUCUCGGAAGCAUCUUUAUCUGGGCCAACAUAAAAUGGAGAAGUUAUUGCAAGAAUAGCGCCUUCCUCGGACGUCACAAUAUUAACGAAGUUUUGGUGGUGACUGCCGUGACAGCUGUAAUUUCUUACUUUAACCCUUAUAUGCGUAAAAACACGUCAGCAUUAAUAAAACAGCUUUUUGAUCGAUGCGGGCCCGACGAUGUGACGAGCGAUCUAUGUGAUUAUCGAAAUCGAACAAUUACAACAAGCAAAGUUGACGACAACUAUCAUACCGGGAUUUUUGGAGAUGGUGUUGAGACUGCUAUUUGGCAGUUGAUUUUUGCGCUAAUUUGCAAGUUGAUCUUCACCGUUUUCACCUUUGGCUUAAAGGUCCCUUGCGGAUUAUUUAUUCCAAGUUUGGCCAUGGGAGCCAUCAGCGGUCGUUUGCUAGGCAUCACUAUGGAAGCCCUUACUACAUCGCUUCAGGCUUCUGGUGGUCAGAGCGAAUGGAUGUCUUGUCAAAUUGGGAAAGAUUGUGUAUAUCCUGGUUUAUAUGCGAUGGUUGGUGCUGCUGCAGUUCUUGGCGGCGUUACAAGGAUGACAGUAUCUUUGGUGGUUAUUAUGUUUGAGUUGACGGGUAGUCUUGAAUUUAUUGUACCAACAAUGGUAGCCGUCAUGUUUGCAAAAUGGGUUGGCGAUGCAACACAUAAACAGGGCGUUUACGAGGCGCAUAUCCAACUCAAUGGUUAUCCUUUCCUCAACAACAAAGAAGAAUACCCUUAUUCAACUGUUGCAUCACAAGUUAUGAGACCUCGUCGUGAUGAACCAGAGCUCUGUGUGCUUACACAAGAUGGAAUGACUCUAGGCGAAAUUGAAGCCCUUCUUCGGGAUACAGACUUUAACGGAUACCCAGUCGUUGUCAGUCGAUCUUCGAUGUACUUGACAGGAUUUUGCACAAGACGCGAUCUUCAACUAGCUCUCCAUAGUGCGCGCAAAACUCAGCCAUACAUUGUGACAGCCUCCGUUGUUUUCUUUACUCCUACUGUUCCGGAUGCAACUUCAGUUGGCGGUCCAGCUCCUUUACGAUUGCGCAAGCUUGUGGAUUUGGCACCAAUGACAAUCACCGAUCAAAUGCCAAUGGAGACAAUUAUUGACAUGUUUAGGAAACUUGGACUUCGACACGUGCUGGUCACACGAAGCGGGAAAGUGCUGGGGAUUAUAACGAAGAAAGAUAUAUUGGAGUUCAUGCGGCAUCAGGAGAGUGGCUUCCCUGGAUCUGUCGCAAAUCCAAACUUCAAC